GUGAAAUUGUGGUAAAUGAAGUAAAUUUUGUGAGAAAAUGCAUUGCAACAGAUACAAGUCAGUAUGACCUGUGGGGCAAACUGGUUUGCACUAACUUCAAGAUUUCCUUCAUUACGGAUGACCCAAUGCCACUACAGAAAUUCCAUUAUAAAAACCUCCUCCUCGGUGAACACGAUGUCCCACUAACAUGCAUUGAGCAGAUUGUCACAGUGAAUGACACCAAGAGGAAGCAGAAGGUCCUUGGUCCCAACCAAAAACUUAAAUUUAAUCCAACCGAAUUAAUAAUUUAUUGCAAAGACUUCCGUAUUGUCAGAUUUCGCUUUGAUGAAGCGGGUCCUGAAAGUGCAAAAAAGGUGUGCCUUGCAAUAGCCCAUUAUUCUCAGCCAACAGAUCUUCAGCUUCUCUUUGCAUUUGAGUAUGUUGGGGAAAUAUAUCAUAAUCCAGGUAAGUAUGAAA